CACUUACUUCUCCAUCCCCAGCAUGAUGAUAUAUGUGCCUCACCAAAUCGUUAUUCAUUGUAUUCCCUUCUCCAGUCCCUGUUCUUCUUACCAGCAUUUUAAUUAACCAGUGGAAGAAACCGAAAUAAAUAAGAAUAAAUUGAACAUACAGAUUUCAUCGGCCUGUCCGUUACGUUGCAAUAUGGCUGUUUGGCUGGCAGAAUCAAGAACCAUCACCCAUCACUUAAAGAGAAAGGUGGGGUUCAUGGGGAUUUUUCACCAAGAUUUUUGGAUUUCUUCUUCUUGCAUGCAACCAGGCCCUUUAUCGUCAAUAUUUAUCCCAGAGUUUCACGAGCAUCAGCGCUCGACUCUACGUUUGUUUCCUUUCAACUCAUCAAUUUCCACCCGUUUCUCCCUUCAUCGAUUCAAAACCACCAAAGCUGCAAGCCAACUUGAGCAUCUGUACUCUACUGAUGAUGAUGAUCAUGAUAAUAGUCAGGAACUGGAUUUUCCUGGAGGGAAGGUCGCUUGCAUGUCUGAAAUGAGAUUCUUACCGGAGUCCGCUGGGAAGAGAAUACCCUGUUACCGCGUUCUUGAUGACAACGGAGAAAUAAUCGUGGGCAGCGAUUAUGAACAGUUGUGCGAGGAAAUUGCAGUGAAGAUGUAUACGAACAUGGUCUCCCUUCAAAUGAUGGACACCUUAUUCUACGAGGCUCAGCGCCAAGGAAGAAUUUCCUUCUACAUGACCUCAACUGGUGAAGAAGCAAUAAACAUUGCAUCAGCCGCUGCACUAAGUGCAGAUGAUAUCAUCUUGCCUCAGUACCGAGAGCCCGGGAUUCUAUUAUGGCGUGGUUUCACAAUUGAAGAAUUUGCCAGCCAAUGCUUCGGAAACAAGGAUGAUUGUGGGAAAGGGAGGCAGAUGCCCAUGCAUUAUGGGUCUAAGAAGCACAAUUUUGUCACUAUUUCAUCACCUAUAGCAACUCAACUUUCUCAAGCAGUAGGCGUUGCUUAUUCUCUUAAGAUGGACAAAAUGGAUGCAUGUGUUGUCACAUAUACUGGAGAUGGUGGUACCAGUGAGGGAGAUUUUCAUGCUGCUUUAAACUUUGCAGCAGUGACAGAAGCUCCUGUGGUCUUUAUCUGUCGCAACAAUGGCUGGGCCAUUAGUACUAAUAUAUCAGAGCAAUUUCGAAGCGAUGGCAUUGUUGUCAGGGGUCAAGCUUAUGGAAUCCGAAGCAUACGAGUAGAUGGAAAUGAUGCUCUUGCUGUUUACAGUGCAAUUCACAGAGCUCGCGAAAUGGCCAUAAGUGAGCAAAGGCCUGUACUAGUUGAGGCUCUUUCAUAUAGAGCAGGCCAUCACUCCACAUCUGAUGACUCCACAAAGUAUCGGUCAGUUGAUGAAAUUGAAUACUGGAAAAUGGUAAGGAAUCCAGUAAAUAGAUUCAGAAAAUGGGUCGAAAGAAAUGGCUGGUGGAGCGAGGAGAAAGAAUCAGAGCUCAGAAGCAGCAUGAAGAAGCAGCUUCUGCAAGUGAUUCAACUGGCAGAGAAAAAAGAAAAACCUCCACUCAAGGAGUUGUUCUCUGAUGUCUAUGAUAUUGCACCACCAAAUCUUCGAGAGCAAGAGAAACAACUCAGAGAAACCAUCAUUAGACAUCCUCAGGACUAUCCCUCUGAUGUUCCAUUGUAGAAUAUCUGAGAUAUGCUGAGAAGAUAAGAGAUAGUUUCGUCAACACCGACAGCAAAGAAGCUUUAAGCCCGUGAGAAGCAACAUGUAAUCAAUAAAGGGAUCCGAACACCGCAUCUGUAAAGAUUCCAACUGUUAUGCUCGUAUAAUAAUGCAAAUAAUUUCUCUAUUUUAA